GCAAAAUGUUAAGUCGUCGAGUUCCUUCGAUGGCGGUUUCUUUCACUACUGCUCUAUCUUCAUUGCGAUCUCGACCAGGGCUUUAUCUCUUCCGUACUCAAACGGCGCCUACGUCUUUCAGACCACUCUCGCUUUUCAAUAACAAAAUCGGCGUCCUCGCCUUUUGUUCCAGCCCCCAAUCUUUCCCACAAAUCACCGAUUCUUCCUCGUCGGUCCCCGAAGAAUCAUCCAAACGCGGCGUCCUUAAGCCUGGCUUAUAUCUAGUUGGAACACCGAUUGGAAAUCUUGAGGAUAUCACCUUACGUGCUCUCCGGGUGUUAAGGUCGGCUGCUGUGAUACUUUCCGAGGACACGAGGCAUUCGGGGAAGUUGCUUCACCAUUACAAUAUCAAAACCCCCCUUCUGAGUUAUCACAAAUUCAAUGAAUCUCAAAGAGAACAGGCUGUGCUGAAGAGGCUGAAGCAGGGAGAAAUCGUGGCUUUAAUAAGCGAUGCGGGGACACCUGGCAUCAGCGAUCCUGGUAUGGAAUUGGCUAAGUUAUGUGUGGAUGAAAAUAUUCCUGUUAUUCCAAUCCCUGGGCCUUCUGCUCUUGUAACUGCUCUUUCUGCCUCUGGUUUGGAAACUGAUGAAUUUACAUUUGUUGGGUUUCUUCCUAAACAUGCUGGAUUGAGAAGAGAGAGGCUGAAAGUUUCUGCAAAUGAGAUGACAACUCAAAUAUUUUAUGUACCUCCACACAAGCUCCAGCAGUUUCUUGAAGAAACUUCUUUACAUUUUGGUGGCACUAGACAAUGUGUCAUAGCCCGGGAGAUGACAAAAAUGCAUGAAGAGUUUUGGCGGGGUACAUUGGCAGAAGCAAAGGAAAUGUUUUCAUGCCACCGGCCAAAGGGAGAAAUCACACUAUUAAUUGAAGGGAAGACAAAAUCUAUGGUGGAAACUCCAUCAGAGUGUCAGCUUGAAGAUGAAUUGAGAGAUUUGAUCUCCAGUGGGCACAGUCUUUCUACAGCUGUCAAGUUGGUGGCAGGCGGAACGUCAGUCAGUAGGAAGGCAAUAUAUUCACUUGCAUUGAGAAAAUUCGGGAAGCAACUUGGAGCAGAGGAUGAUUCAAACUAAUGCAAACCACCCAUGAAAUCGGCGUUUAGCUAAUUUUCAUGGGCUUGCAUUUGGAAGGGUGCUAAUGGUGGAGCAGAAGCAAAGUGGCGAGCCGUUCAAGUAAAUAUCUCUUUCGUUCGUGCGAGUUUCAUGGCUAGAAAUCUGGAAACAGGUAAUACUCAGUAUGCCAGCAAAGCUGAGACAUCUUGAAGAGGAUAUACUCUACUCCCCUCUGGAACAUGCUUCUCGUUCCAUUACUGUGAGGCCCAAACAGACAAAAAUUAAAAAGGAAUGGUCCAUGACUGGUGAAUGGCUGUAUUACCAUGCGGCGCAGUCCGAUUGUAACAUACGAUGCAUGCAGAGUUGGCUUAUAUAUUAAAAAAAGAAAUAUGGACCAGUAAUGGUUGUAUUUGUGAAAAAAUGUCUUUUUUUGUUUA